AUGGUGAACCCUAACAGAGCAAGCUUUGAAGAUAAGAUGCUUCUCACCAUGUUUGAUGCCUGUGAUGCUGCUAAGGAUGCUACUCAAGAUGACAUUGAUGAUCGGCUUGCUUUCUUGGAUGCUGUUCGUGCUUCUUCGAUUGGGCUUGAAGGUGGAAAACCACCAUCUUUAAAAAUAUGUGGGGUAGUCUUCCAUAUGCUGAGGACUGUGAAGUCAUUACAGUUGAUAAUGGCAUGUCAUAAGCUUCUGGUUGAUUUGGAAAAGCACUUCCCUCGAGCGUAUUUAUCAGAUGAGGAUGAUUCCCUAUCAUCGUCUAACGCUCCACCGAAAUUGGUUGUGGCUGAAGAGGCAUGGUCUCCUCUUAUUCUUGGUUUAGAUAAUGCCGCUGUUGUUAGUGGAGCAAGUGAAAAACAGUCUGGUGGAUCUCUCGACCCCUCUAGCUUUCAUCUCCUGAUUCAAGAGCUCGCUGAAAUUUUAACUGAUUCCAACUUUCAAGAGAAAGGCAUGAAGCUUUUGCAGAGCUUGUUACUCUUUCAAUAUCUCGUCAUUGUGCUUGAAGGCGAUUUCCUACCUCGUAAUGCCACCAUGAACUGGAGCUUGCAGCGGAAGUCUUGGCUCAACAUGUUACUGGGUUCUCGGAAAAUAAACUACAAAAGCUUGAUGAAAAAUUGCAUCGAAGUUAUCUGUCUACUAUGCCAACCUUUUGAAAAUGAUAAUUUUCAUAAAAGCAAUACUGCAUUAUUUCUUGCUUUAGCUGAAGUAUUAAAGAACACGCGUGUCUCUAUAGAUAAAUUUUUGGUGAUGAUUUUGGCCCUUGAUGUGUCUAAGAAGAAAGCAGAUAUCGAAGGCAAUACUUCAAGAUCAGAUGGUUCAAGAACACCUUUGGUGGACAUAAUUUUGGAUGAAUUGGCUUACAACAAAGAUAAUAUCCCCCAUUUUUUUAAGACGAUCAGUGAGCCUAAAUGGAAGACGGAAAUAGUUGUGCAGUAUCUUUGGAAAUACAUACCUAAGCCUGCUGCUCGCACUCGUCGAUCAAGUGGUGUUACUGAAGAUACAACAUUUGAUGGAGCUUUGAAAUGCUUUUCAAAUAAGACUAGAACUAAGAGCAUAAUAAAGAAAAUUGGUGCAGAUGUUGUUCAGUUGCUUUUGGCUCAUGGUUUUCAGGCUCAAUUGUCAAUAUUGUCAAACAGUGCUCUUGUAGAUUUGUGCCGGGAGUUUAUAUCUACUUUUGAGAGUUUGAGAAGCACAGAUGGGAAUAUGGAGAUACUGUCCAUUGGAAAAGAGGCACUAUUUACUGCAGCAUGUGUUAUCUCCAUGAAGUCAUAG